GUACUACGUAACUAUUACGGCACUGUACGACAGUCAAUCGAUAUAUGAACACAUCAGUUCCUUAUUUCCUCCGCAGUGUACCACACGAAUCCUAACCCUAACUCCGAUCCUCCCCCUUCCACUCUUGAACGACCACACGGCUGAGAUGGACGGCGGCGGUCACAUGAACCAAAUGGGCGGCGGCCACAUGAACGGAAUGGGUGGUGGCAGGGGCAUUGCACCGCCUCCUGGUGCCUUCCACCACCGCCACAUGAUGAUGCACAUGACCUUCUUUUGGGGGAAAAACACCGAAAUUUUGUUCCAUGGAUGGCCGGGAUACAACAACUCUGGCAUGUACGCUCUCGCCCUUGUGGUGGUGUUUCUCCUGGCGAUUAUGGUCGAGUGGCUCUCGCACUGUAAUUACAUCAAAGAAACCUCCAACCGCCUUGCGACGGGGCUGCUUCAAACCCUGAUGUACGCCAUAAGAGUUGGUUUGGCUUACAUGGUGAUGCUGGCCGUGAUGUCUUUCAACGGUGGAGUUUUUCUGGUUGCAAUCGCCGGCCACACAGUCGGAUUUUUUGCAUUUGGGAGUAGAUUUUUCAAGAAACCAUCACCGCCGGCGGGUUUUACGCAAACCUCGGAUCUUCCUCCGAUGAGUUGCUGAUCAAUCAAAAUGCAAGAUGCGGGUUCUGACGUCUGAUAAUUGUAGCUAUUAUUGAAGUUUAUAAUUGGAUUAUUAGUAAUUUAAUUGUGAAAUUAAUUUGCUUCUAGGAAUAGGGUUAUGGCUUGGAUUAUAAUUUGAAUUUUAUUAAGCAAUAUGCCAGCUAGAUCCAUGGUUUUGAAAGGGUUAUUAGGUUUAUUAAC